AUGUUGGAGGCGGUAUUAUUGCAAGAGAAUGGUUCGGAAGAACCCACUGAGCAGGAAGUAAUGCUCUAUGCUGAAAGCAUUGGAAUCGAUGUAGAAAAAGAGCGUGACCUACUUUAUAUCGCGAAAGAAGGUAUUUCAGCAAAUCUACCCAAAGGUUGGCAAGUCCUCAAGGAUGAAAAUAAUCAAAUAUUUUAUUAUGACAGUAAAUCUGGGAUAAGUUUAUGGGAGCAUCCACUGGAUAAAUAUUUUCGAGAUUGUGUCAUAAAAGCACGCCAACGAAAUCAGCAUAUAGUUGAUAAAGUUAAUUCUGCGAAAGAUUUUGAUAAUGAAUCCUCUGAGAACUGUCUGAUUUCAAGUACUGUAUUACUCUCUGACUUGAGAAAAAAUGUAAUCAAUAAACAGAUGCCUGAAAAUUUUGCAAGAAGUCGAACAAGCUCAUAUAAGAAUUCUUCAUAUUUAUUUAAUGGUUAUAAACAAUCGGAAACAAAGACAAAUGAGAAUAUAUCCAAGAUACUUUCAACAAAUGAAAAAAUAACCAUCAAUGAUCCUACUGAAUAUCAUGAAUUAAAGCCGUCUAGUGGUAGAUCUCUUAAAUUAUUUAAUUCUGAUAUAAAAAAACUUCAAAUCACUUCACAAGCAGAUCAUCUGUCUUCAUCAAAAAAUUUCAAAGCCUGGUCAAAAAUUUACACUGAAAAUUUACGUAAAGCUGAUAAAAAUCUUACUGUAUUACAAAGCAAAGUUAGAAAAUCUUUACUGACCAAUAAAAGAAAGACAUCAGAAGUAUUUAGUGAUGCAAUACCAUAUUCUUCAACUAAGUACAAUCAUUUAACACAACAGCCAUCUACAGAAAUAUAUAAAUGUUUAUCUUCAUCCAAUCUUUUGGAUACUACUGAUGAUAAAGAGUAUACAUUCUGUAAAAUGCAUGAAAUACUUACAAGUCCAACUAAGAAAUUUGAUGAUAAAUUUGAAGAUAUUCCAUGUCCUCAAGUUGGUUUAUCACCAUCUGAAAUAAAAAAUCAUCUAACAAUUGAUUUUUCAAACAGAAAACCAAAUACUCUAAACACAUCAUCUGAUAAUAACAAAUUAGAGACUACAGUCCCUGGACUACACAACAUUCUAUCCCAAAUGGGAAUAAUGGAAAAUCAUUUAAUUGAAGAACGUUCUCGUAUACAGAGUAAGCUGUUUCGUCUUAAGUUACUUUACAAAACGUAUAAACGGCGUUUAGAUAAUUUGGAUACAAGUUUAUCAGCCCUUCAACAACAAACUAACUUGGAUCUCUGUUCAGAUAUCUUAUCAGCUUGUAAAACACGUGAUUCUACAGAAUAUAUAGAAAAAGGGAGCAAGUCAAUAUUGCCUACAAGUCCAACCAAUGGAAAUCUGCCUUUGUCUACUCCUCAAGAUUCGAAAGUAACCACUUCGAUAAUUAAUUCAGAAGGAGAUUAUGAAGGUGGUAGAAUGACUUCAUCUCUUUCUUAUUGUUAUCCUAAUAUUUCACGUGUAAAGCGUUCUCUAUCAGUUCCUCGUUCUCCAUUUCCACGUUAUCAGUUGAGAAGUCCAGGAAUUAAUCUUUUUCAUGAUAACAUUACAACUUCACAAGAUUUAGCUACCUCUUUGGCAUCGAUUGAUGUCCAACUUCAUCAUGUCUUAAAGCAUCUUGACUCAAGCACUAAUAAUCACCAAUCACCUCUAAAUCAUUCUGACAUUAAAUGUCAGUGUUCUGUUUCAAUGGGAAAUAAUACUGAACAUCAUUGUGUAGAUGUAGACGCAAAUCUUAGACAUAUUCAACGGUGUCUAGCAAAUGUAAGUUUGAAUGAUACACCACAGUCUGGUCACAUAUCGAACAAUUUGACCUACUCCCCUUCAUGUAGUUGCUGGAAAACUUCAUGUAAAUCUCACAGUAAGACAUUGGAAGCGUAUCGUUCUCCAACUGACCAUCUAUUAAAUUCAUAUUCUGAUUUCACUUCAAAUGAACGUGAUAGUAUUCGUGCUUCUGCAGGAAGUUUUUUAACAUCAAUGCACAAAUCAGAGAUGUUGAACUCUCCUCAUCCUCCAUGUAAUAACAAUAAUGAUAAUAAUAAUAAUAAUGCUGAGCUUACAUGUUGUAUAAAUAAUCGAUCUAUUCUGAAAUGAGUUUUUAACUCAUCGAUGAAUCCGUCUUUAUCUCAUACAUGUUGCUUGUGUUCUGAACUAUUCUAUACUUCUGUUUUUUAACCCAACACUAUUUUAUGUACACCUUACAUUUUUAUUAAGUUUUACUACUUAUAAUAAAUUGUUUUUAUGUAUUUA